ACCGGCGGAACCAAGUGUGUGAUUCAUCGCGUGUCCUUCUCCACUAGCGAAGCCGGCGCUUUCUUGUUAGUCGCGAACUGCCUGCGGUCGGAGAAGUUGCUGCUCGUGCAUUAACUUGAUUCUAUUUGUGCCUGCAACUACAAGAAAAGCCACUUCGCUUCAUUUGUAGAUUGUCCUGUCAUCACACAAGCAGAUAGCAGGAUGUCGAACCCAGUGAGCCCCAGCGUGAAGGACCUGCCCAAGGUGUCCGUGGACCUGAAGAGCGAGCUGGAAGGAUUCAAGCCUGACAACAUGAAGAAGACUGAGACCCAGGAGAAGAUUGUCCUGCCCACUGCGGAAGACGUGCGGCAGGAACGUCGCCACUCAGAUCUCAUUCAGGAUGUAGAGUCUUUCAAGCCGGACAGAUUAAAAAGGACCAAUACGAAGGAGAAGAUUGUUCUACCAAAUGCGGAAGACGUGGCGACUGAGAAAAGCCAGAAGGCACUUCUGCAAGGCGUGGAGGCAUUCGACACGGGCAAACUGAAGCAUACAGAGACCCACGAGAAGAACCCCCUGCCAGACAAGGACGUGGUGAGACAGGAGAAGGCGCACCAGAACUUGUUGGAUGGAGUGGAGCACUUCGACAAGGCUAGCAUGAAGCACACCAAGACGGAGGAGAAGAACCCUCUGCCCGAUCCUCAAGUGAUAGAGCAGGAGAAGGGGCAGAAGAAGCUGAUUGCCGGCAUCGAGAACUUCGACCCGACCAAGCUGAAGCACACGGAGACUCAGGAGAAGAACCCACUGCCGACAAAAGAAGUGAUUGCAGAGGAAAAGAAGGCCUAAGAGCUGGCUCGUGUGCAACCGUGCGUGUGCAGCGCACACAUAAGACUGGUUCACAGAGGUGCUAUACCUCAACCCACCCCCCUCCCCUACUAAAUUGCAACAUCAAUUCCCUGGUUAUUUGGUAUCCAUUUUGAGAAUAGUGGCAAGAAUACUCGCUCAAUUUUUUGUAAUGCAGACUUUUUUUUGGUGUUAUAAAAUGCUUGCCAUGAUUGUGAAUGAUCCUAAGUCUGCAGACAUAAAUUAUGUAUAUUUUGCAAUUUGUAAUGAAGAAACACUACGUAUAUAUAUUUUUUCUAAUGGUGUGUACCAAUUUGGAAAGCAUUAGAUGUGCUAGAGCUUCCAUUUCUAUAAGAUUUACCAUUUUUAGUGUGCUGUUUGUCAGUUGGUAUGUGUUCAUCACGUAAUUUUCUUAUAAUUGAGAUGUGUGAUUUCAUAACACUUAAGUUUUAUUGUACUAAAAUGAAACUGGGAGACUGUGUUUGUGGCCCAAUAGUUUUUUGUAUUAUGCUUAUAUAUAAAUACAUGUAGGUAAUACUGUACUGUAGCUUGAGGUACUAAGAAACAUUAAUAUUGAUCACGAAGCUUUUUUUAACUUUUUCUACACAAAGUAGUUCUAAAUACCUAUUUAAUAUUAUUUAAAUUAGCUAUAGAUAGGGAACAGAGUGAUGUCUAGGUCAGUUAAUGAAGGUAAGUUGUUUAUUGCUUUAGGAUAAUGUGUAAUAACAUUACAUUAUGCAAGUGUUCUCAGGAAGUGUGGAGGCUUCAACCUAACUACUCAAGAUGAAGUAAAUUACAUCCUUUAAUUAUGAAAUGAAAUUUUUGAGCUUGGUAUUACUUUUUAUAUGAAUAUUAUUGUAAAAAUUAUUUUUGUGCCUUACCAUUUCCUGGCAAGUAUUACUACUAAGGUAGCAAUAUUUGACCCCAUCAAUGCUAUUUGAUUCUUUAAACCAAGGUGAAUUUGUACACACUUCUGUAGGAUUUUUAGCUCAAUUAAAAUGCUGCAUUUUUUAUUUGUACAUUCCCACAAACUUUACAUUCCCAUACAUUGCUUAACAUUCCUAACUGACAGGAUUUAAUGAACAAAAUGUUUGUGUGGUUACAUUUUGGGUUUAUCAAAAAUUUACAGAUGCAUUAAUAUCUGUAUGCACAAUAUCUUUUUUGGUUUGGUGCAUUUAAUCUGUGUGAAUGUUAGGUUACAAGUGUUAUCAGUUGAAAGUUCUGUAGAUGCUAAUCUACUCGCUAUGGUUUCCUUCACACUUGCAAUGGAUCUGAAGAAAUGACUUGAAAAUACUGUGCAAUGUUAAUGGUCACCAAAUUGUGCUGAAGUUUUGGGAAAUACUUGUAAUAAAUUUUGAUAAAGUGAA